AUGCUUGAUUUCGUCAGAGUUCAAUUCAGACGCUGGUGGAGACAGAUCGAGGAAUACCGAAGGCAUGAUAAGUCGUACUCUGGCUUGGCCACGCCGUUUAUUCCUGUUGUCAAAAUGUUGUGCCAUCCAAAACGCAAAGUCAGAGUCAUAUAUGCAGUGUGCAGUAUCCUGAUGCUAAUAUGCAUUGUCUGUAUGCUGACGAUAACUACAACCAAUUACCUCUCCCACAAAACCAUCUUUCGGCUGGAUCAGAUCGGUCUGACGGACGGCAUUCAGCCGCCCUCGAUCACCAUUUGCCUUGACGAGCACAAAACCCACCGCGUCUUAGGGCGGCGCUUGAGCAUUCCUCCGUUGGUUAACUGGAGUGUUAUAAAGGGCGUUGACAUACCGUGUCAGAAGAAAGGCGAACUGACCUGGAGUUCACGCUUGCAUUCGGUGUCGGCUUACUUCGCAGCUGCGGCUCAUUUUAACGUCAGUUUCGACACAUCACCUCCAGGAUCGCUGUCGCUCUCGGUUGUGGAACAAGUGCCUAGUCCACCGGACGAAGUCUGUACAACAUUCAAAUUAAAUCAUUCGUGCUUUCAUGAACAACAAUUCUGGAAAAUCGAGAGCGCAAUACGCAAAUUCUUCACUAACGGACCCUAG